CCUGCUGUUACCACUCAGAAUGGGGUGCAGAACGACGCCCCAGUGCUCCUGGAUGCAGCUUGAAGUUGUUCUGGCAGCUCUCCUCUGCCACGCAAGGGAGGGGAGUGAUUGAACUGACUGAUUAUUUUGCGUUGUUGCUUUCACACUCCCUUUCCCUCCUCUCCUAGCACACGCACACACACAGCCCUUCUCCGCCGCUUCCUAAAAGGCAAGGUCUCCUAGGUAAGGGAUCAGGCAAUCCCAGCCUGGGCAUGGCAGGCGGCGAGAAGCGGCUCCAGCCUCUCGCAGAGCGGGGCGGCACCGCCGGCUGAGGCUGGCAUGAGGGGAGAGCCGCGCGGAGCCCCCCGCCCGCCGGGCGGCCCGCAGGCAGCCCUGCCCUCCCCGGCAAGCUUCUCUCGCCACGCCUGCUCCGGGGCAGCCCCUGGGAGGGCUCCGGGCUGCUCGCCCACCUCCGCCUGAGAAAGGGGCGCGCCCAGAGCAGCAUCGCAUCCACACCUCCGGGAGGACAGCGGCGUGGCAAGGAGAGGGAGGGAGGACGAGGAGGACAACGCAACUCUCAUGCCAACCUCGCAGCCGGCUCUUCCUCCGGGAGGCGAAUCCCGGGCGCUCGCGGGGAGCCGUGCCCCGGCAGCGCCGAGGGGAUAAGGAUGAGAGGCUCCGGCGGCGGCUGCAGCACCGCGGACAGCGGGCGGGCCGAGCGGCACCGCGGCCUGCGCCCCGCGGCCUCGGGCCCGCCCCGGCCCUGAAGCGGAGCCUGCCCCGAAGCGGAGCCUGCCCCGACGCGCACAUGUUGAGACACAGCAAUUCUAAAGACAUGCAUCGGAGGCACGCCACCCUUCGGGAGAAGGGCCGGCGCCAGGCCAUCCGGGGCCCUGCCUACAUGUUCAACGAGAAAGGCACCAGCCUCACGCCAGAGGAGGAGCAUUUCCUCGACUCCGCGGAGUAUGGCAACAUUCCCGUCGUGCGAAAAAUGCUGGAGGAAUCCAAAACCUUGAACUUCAAUUGUGUCGAUUACAUGGGACAGAACGCCCUCCAGCUGGCCGUAGGGAACGAGCACCUGGAAGUGACAGAGCUGCUCCUCAAGAAGGAGAACCUCGCCCGAGUCGGGGAUGCCCUUCUGCUAGCCAUCAGUAAAGGGUACGUGCGCAUUGUGGAAGCAAUACUGAACCACCCGGCCUUCGCGCAAGGACAGCGCCUCACGCUCAGCCCCCUCGAGCAGGAGCUGAGGGAUGAUGAUUUCUAUGCGUACGAUGAAGAUGGAACUCGGUUCUCCCAUGACAUUACCCCCAUCAUACUUGCUGCCCACUGCCAGGAGUAUGAAAUUGUUCACAUCUUACUCCUAAAAGGUGCACGGAUUGAAAGGCCACAUGACUAUUUUUGCAAGUGCAAUGAAUGUAUGGAAAAGCAGAGGAAAGACUCCUUUAGUCACUCUCGCUCAAGAAUGAAUGCCUACAAAGGAUUAGCCAGUGCUGCUUAUUUGUCUCUGUCCAGUGAAGACCCUGUCCUUACUGCUCUAGAGCUUAGCAAUGAACUGGCCAGGCUAGCCAACAUUGAAACUGAAUUUAAGAACGACUAUCGGAAGUUAUCUAUGCAAUGCAAGGACUUUGUGGUGGGGGUGCUGGACCUGUGCAGAGACACUGAGGAGGUGGAGGCGAUUCUGAACGGAGAUGUGAACAUCCACUUGUGCCCUGAGCACCACCGGCCAAGUCUGAGCAGGAUUAAACUUGCUAUUAAAUAUGAGGUCAAAAAGUUUGUUGCUCACCCCAACUGCCAGCAGCAAUUGCUCACCAUGUGGUACGAAAACCUCUCAGGCUUACGGCAGCAAUCCAUAGCUGUGAAGUUCUUGGCUGUUUUUGGGGUCUCCAUCGGGCUGCCCUUCCUCGCCAUAGCCUACUGGAUUGCUCCCUGCAGCAAGCUGGGACGUACCCUCCGAAGUCCUUUCAUGAAGUUUGUGGCUCAUGCAGUUUCUUUCACAAUCUUCCUUGGACUGUUAGUAGUGAACGCCUCAGAUCGCUUUGAAGGAGUCAAAAAUCUCCCCAACGAGACCAUCACGGAUCAUCCAAAACAAAUAUUCAGAGUCAAAACAACCCAGUUCUCAUGGACAGAAUUACUGAUCAUGAAGUGGGUAUUAGGUAUGAUAUGGUCGGAGUGCAAGGAGAUCUGGGAAGAGGGUCCACGUGAAUAUGUGGUGCAUCUCUGGAACCUGCUGGACUUUGGGAUGCUGUCCAUCUUCGUGGCAUCGUUCACUGCCAGGUUCAUGGCUUUUCUUAAAGCCUCUGAGGCACAGCAGUACGUAGAUCAGUACGUUCAGGAUGAUGACCUCAAUAAUGUCACCCUUCCCCCUGAAGUUGCUUACUUUACCUAUGCCAGGAACAAGUGGCUCCCCUCGGAUCCCCAGAUCAUUUCAGAAGGCCUGUAUGCCAUAGCUGUGGUACUCAGCUUCUCCCGCAUUGCUUACAUUCUUCCAGCCAACGAAAGCUUCGGCCCCCUGCAGAUCUCUCUGGGGAGGACCGUGAAGGAUAUCUUCAAGUUCAUGGUCAUCUUCAUCAUGGUGUUCCUAGCCUUCAUGAUUGGGAUGUUCAACCUUUACUCUUACUACCUUGGUGCAAAGUACAACCCCGCGUUUACAACGGUAGAAGAAAGUUUUAAAACCUUAUUCUGGUCAAUAUUUGGCUUAUCUGAAGUGAUAUCUGUGGUGCUGAAGUACGACCAUAAAUUCAUUGAGAAUAUUGGAUAUGUACUCUAUGGAGUAUAUAACGUGACUAUGGUGGUUGUGCUGCUUAAUAUGCUAAUAGCCAUGAUCAACAACUCCUAUCAGGAAAUUGAGGAGGACGCAGAUGUGGAGUGGAAGUUUGCACGUGCCAAGCUCUGGCUAUCCUAUUUUGAUGAAGGAAGGACUUUACCUGCUCCUUUUAAUCUAGUGCCAAGCCCUAAAUCAUUUUAUUAUCUCAUACUGAGAAUAAAAAUGUGCCUCAUAAAACUCUGCAAAUCUAAGGCCAAAAACUGUGAAAAUGACCUUGAGAUGGGGAUGCUGAAUUCCAAAAAACGGAAAGUUCGUUUUCACUCUAGCAUUCAAAACACAGAGAGUUUUUCUGUGAAGAACGCUUACACCAAGCCCACAAGAUACCAGGUGACAGCCCUACCUCCCUCUGGAUUCUACUACCUUGGCCAUCUCCAGCACACCAAGAUAAUGAAGCGCCUGAUUAAGCGCUAUGUGCUGAAGGCUCAGGUUGACCGGGAAAAUGACGAGGUCAAUGAAGGAGAACUUAAAGAAAUCAAACAAGAUAUUUCCAGUCUUCGCUAUGAACUCUUAGAGGAAAAGUCCCAAGCUACUGGUGAGCUGGCAAAAUUAAUACAGCAGCUGAGUGACAAGUUUGGGAAGACCUUAAAUAAGGACAUUUGAUGGAGAAUACAGAGAAAGACAACUUGUUUUCUAAACAUUGUUCAUUCUCAACCAGCAUCUUAGGAGGGCAAAAAACACAUGAAGGAUGGGUACUGCACACUCAGCUUUUGCUGACAAGCAAGUGUUGGUAGGAGCACUUUGCAUUUCUCCUGCAUUUGGUCAGUGACCAGUUAAAUCUUUUCUGAUACAAAAGUGACUUAAUGGUAAAAAUCUAUGCCCCUCGACAUCAGAAACAGAUGCACCACAGAGAAGGCACCUCCUGUUAAAGACAGAAAAAGCCAGAUCUUCAUUCAUCUGACUCCAGAGAAAACAAUGCAACUGUGCUCAUUAACAGCAACAGAGUUUGUACUGACCAGGAAUGGGUGAAGCCUGAAGAAAAAAUGUGCCAAGCAUAUUCCCUGCAAAAAUUUUUUAAUUCCUAUUCUUGGGUGUGUACUCUCCUUUUAUAUUUACAUUGGAACCCUGAAUAUAACUUUGGCAACCCUGAAUAUAACUUUGAUCAGCACUGUGGCUAAUGAAAAACUAAUGAGAAAUCAUCUGUUGAAGUGACUAAGGCAGUGAACAAGAAGUAGACACUGACAGCACUGGAAAAAUGAAACCAAGCUUGUGGGGUAAAUGAUCCUUUAACCUGAUUAAAGGAUUUGCAGCCAAACACUCCUGUCCACCUUUUCCAGCUGUAUUAGCUAGUCUGCUGAUGGAUAUGGUCUCUUUGUAUGCACUUAGCCUCUCUUUUAUCUUUAGUCGAUCCCAUCUCCGACCACAGUGUACUGAAAUAUUCGUAAUGAUGUGAAACUCACUUCCCAGGAAUACCGGAGAUAAAACACCUUGUGCUAAUGUAUUCAGUUCAAAGAACAACAUUAAUCCAGAGACAGCGAUGCAACUGAGCUCAGCUUUCAGAUUCCAGAGGUCAAACUGCAAGCCAUAGGGAGAGAUCAAUCACAAAGAACAUUGCCCAGUAGUGUCCAGACUUGAUAUUAGUACAAAAAAGUUUCAAUUGAACAUUCUGACCAAAAAAAAAAAAAAAAAAAAAAAAAAAAGAAAUAAAGGAAAAAUCAUUGUAGAAAUUGUUGUCAUGUUUUUGGCUCUUACAGAAGAUGAGAAAGGGAUUCAAACCACACAUUCUAAGGCUGUGGUAAUAGAAGGAUCACACUGUUUCAACAGAAAAGUUGUAAGUCUGUGCAACAGAACUGCAAACAUGGAUGGCUUGGGUUUUCAUGGUUGGCUACAUGAUUUCAACUACUUAAAGCACACCUUACUACUUGGGAACCAUGGAACUGGACUGUUUGUUUACAUGAGACACCUACAAAAUGAACAUGACAUCUAGGUUUCAGCUGAGACAAACAAGCAGAGCCAGAAGGUGACCUGUGAUCAGUUCUUAAGUGCCAGAUGAGAAUACAUAUAGCCUAUUAGAAUAAUAGUUAUAUUUGUACAAAAAAAUGAAAGAAAACAAAAUAAAAAAGUGUACUGUACGUAGAUCCGUUUAGAGAAAAAAAUACUGUAUUUUUACCUUUAAUAAAAUUAUCUUGUAUACUGUAAUAUUUUUACCUAAAAAUGGAAACAAAAUAAAAUUACCUCAUAAUA